CUAAUGCUGAAUGAGAAAAUUAAACAUCUACAAGCUGUCACAUCUAGCGGCUGUGAAUUCUGGGAUGUAAAUCAAGAUGGCGGGAGCAAGCAGCAAAUAAAAGAGGAAAAGAGUCCGCGCGGUCAUAAAAUGCCUCGUCCUAAAAGAUCGGUAACCAGAAAGGUGAACUACACUGAUGUCAGUGACAAAGAAGAGAGUUCCCCAGAAUCAGGGAGUGAUUUUGAUGAUGAUGAGGAUCCUGAUAAGAUAGAAGUUCCAGGAGGUGGGAAGGACCUAGCAACUGCAGCAUCCAUCAGCACAUUGAAAGAAGAACCAAAAGAUGGAAAAGUGAAGAUGGAAGACACAAGUGUAUAUUUCACUUCAGCAGCCGGUACAAAUGCAGCAUCGAACCUUCCUAGCAAGAUCCCAGGAGGCUUGGUCACCAAAGGCAACUCAACUCUUGGCUAUGAGAAGGUCCGAGUCGGCGGAUCUGGACAGACUCCAUUUCCUUUCCCACCGCAGGGUAUGUUCGGUGGAAUGGGAGGACUGGGAGGUAUGGGAGCGAUGGGCUUCUUUCCCGGAAUGGCAGGGAUGCCACAGCACACCCUGAAUCCUGCCCAGUUGUUCCAGCAGACACUGGACAUGGGUGCCUUCAACCCCAUGAAUAUGAACAUGAAUCUGGGUCACAUGGCUGCCAUGAACCCUUUUCUUCUGGGUCAGAAUGGGGCAUUACUCAACCACCUUCUUGGUCAAUCUGGAAUGAAUGCAGCCAUGCAUCAGGGCUGGGCUGGUGGCCUCUCGGGAAAGACGGUGUCACAGUUGUGGAUGAAUGAUGAAAGUAAGCUUAACCCUUUAUCUACUGUGCAGGAAGAGGAAGAAGUAGAUGAUGAAGACAUGGGUGUGGCCGAGACGUACGCUGACUACAUGCCGAGCAAAUUGAAACUAGGUAAGAAGCACCCUGAUCCAGUGGUGGAGACUGCAUCGCUGUCAAGUGUCGCCCCCACGGACGUGUGGUACAAGAUGUCGCUGCCUGAGGAAACGAUGACAACGGGAGCAUUGUCUGCCCUGCAGUUGGAGGCCAUCACAUAUGCUUCUCAGCAGCAUGAGCACUUCCUACCUGAUGGGAGUCGUGCUGGCUUCCUCAUUGGUGACGGUGCUGGUGUCGGGAAGGGACGAACAAUUGCUGGUGUGAUAUUUGAGAAUUAUCUGAAGGGGCGCAAGAGAGCAAUCUGGGUAUCCGUGUCCAAUGACCUGAAGUACGACGCUGAGAGAGACCUACGUGACAUUGGGGCCUCAAAGAUAGAAGUUCACCCUCUCAACAAGUUCAAGUAUGCCAAAAUUUCUUCAGCUGUCAAUGGAAAUGUGAAGAAAGGUGUGAUUUUCUCAACUUACUCUGCGUUAAUUGGAGAAUCUACGCAGUCAGGUGGGAAGUACAAGACGCGGCUGAAGCAGCUACUGCAGUGGUGUGGGGAAGAUUUCGAUGGACCAGUUGUGUUUGACGAGUGUCACAGAGCCAAGAACCUGUGCCCUGUGGGCUCUUCAAAGCCCACGAAGACGGGUCUGACUGUGUUGGAGUUACAGAACAAGCUGCCGAAGUGUAGAGUAGUUUAUGCAUCUGCUACCGGUGCUUCAGAGCCUCGCAAUAUGGCUUACAUGACGCGCCUGGGCAUCUGGGGUGAAGGCACGCCUUUCUCCGAGUUUGCAGAUUUCAUCUCUGCUGUGGAAAAGAGAGGUGUGGGUGCCAUGGAGAUCGUUGCUAUGGACAUGAAGCUUCGAGGGAUGUACAUUGCAAGGCAGUUGAGUUUUCAUGGUGUUGCCUUUAAAAUAGAAGAAGUGGGAUUAUCAAAAGAAUUUGUUAAAGUGUACGAUGAGUCAGUCAAGUUGUGGGUUGAGGCCAUGCAGAAGUUCCAGGAAGCUGCUGAACUGGUGGAUGCAGAGAACCGCAUGAAGAAGACAAUGUGGGGGCAGUUCUGGUCCUCACAUCAACGCUUCUUUAAGUACCUGUGUAUUGCAGCAAAAGUGAACCACGCUGUUGUUACUGCAAGGGAGGCUGUGAAAUGUGGAAAGUGCGUAGUGAUCGGUUUGCAGUCAACAGGCGAGGCACGUACCCUGGAACAGCUAGAGCGAGAUGAUGGGGAGCUCUCUGACUUUGUGUCCACUGCAAAAGGUGUCCUGCAGGCACUAGUGGAAAAGCAUUUCCCUGCUCCAGAUCGCAACAGAAUUCACCGGCUCCUUGGGUUGGAUCCUCCUCGCAAGUCUGAUUUAGGAAAAAUCAGUAACAAUGGUGAUGCUGAUGGGGAGGCGGGAGGUUCAAGUGGCAAACGGAAACCAGUUCGACAGGCAGCUCAGCGAGCAUCGAAGAGGGUCAAGAUGUCUUCUUCAGAAGAGUCGGACUCUGAGUCGGAAAAGGACGGCAGCAGUUCUGGGUCAGAAUUCAAACUGUCUGGCUCUGAUUCUGCAGAAAGCGACAGUCCUUCAGAAGACAGCAAUGCUAGCUCCGAUUUCAAUCCUUUCUACUCGGACAGUGACUCAGAUGCAGAUCCAUGGGACAGGCGCAAGAAAAAGGGAAAGAAGCACAAGUCAUCAAAGAAGGGUCAGUCAACGCAGGAUAAAAUUAAUUCCCUUCUGGCACGUAAAGCCUCUCGCAAAGGGAAGCGUAACGGUAAUGGAAACAGUAGUGGUGGUGAGAGAGCGCCCCCGCCUCCUCCUCGUGAUGCCAUUGAGCGGGCGUGCAAGAUGAAGGAGGAGCUCCUUCAGCACAUAGAAGAACUUGGGGAUAAACUGCCAUCGAACACGCUUGAUCAGCUCAUUGAUGAGCUUGGUGGACCUGAGAAUGUGGCUGAGAUGACUGGUAGAAAGGGCAGAGUGGUCCAGACUGAGGACGGCAUCCAGUAUGAAUCCCGUUCGGAAGUCGACGUUCCUCUGGAGACGUUGAAUUUAACAGAGAAACAGAGGUUUAUGGAUGGUGAGAAGGAUGUGGCCAUUAUCUCCGAGGCUGCAUCCAGUGGAAUCUCUCUGCAGAGUGACCGACGUGCCCGCAACCAGAGACGUAGAGUGCACAUCACACUAGAGUUGCCUUGGAGUGCUGAUCGAGCAAUCCAGCAGUUUGGGCGAACCCACCGAAGUAACCAGGUGAAUGCCCCUGAGUACAUCUUUCUGAUCUCCGAUCUCGCAGGCGAGCGGCGAUUUGCAUCCAUUGUUGCUAAAAGGCUGGAGAGUUUGGGGGCACUGACGCAUGGAGACCGUCGAGCGACAGAGACGAGGGACUUAUCAAGGUUUAACAUUGAUAACAAGUAUGGAAGAGCUGCUCUUGAAGCCACAAUGAAGACCAUUAUGGGCUAUGAGGCCCCCCUUGUCCCACCACCACAGGAUUAUAAGGGUGACUUCUUCAAAGAUGUAGCAGAUGCGCUGGUUGGCGUGGGGCUGAUAUGUAACAGCGAGAACAUGCCAGGUGUACUGAUGCUGGACAAGGACUACAAUAACAUGAGCAAGUUCCUGAACAGGAUCCUGGGCAUGCCAGUGGACCUGCAGAACAGGCUGUUCAAGUACUUCACUGACACGCUAAAUGCCAUCAUCACACAGGCCAAGAAGUCUGGCCGUUUUGACAUGGGCAUCCUUGACUUGGGCACUGCAGGUGAGAAUGUGAAGCGUGUGAAAAUGUACACGUUCCUGAGGAAACAUGCAACAGGUGUGGCUACCACAGAACUGCACAUAGUUCAUGUGGAGAGGGGAAUGAGCUGGCAGGAAGCCAUGGACCAUUGGGGACAGUUGACAGGCUCAAGGGAGGGCUUCUACCUGUCUCACCAGAUCCGUAAUGGAAAGCAGACUGCAAUCCUCGCAGUGGCUGUCGAAAGUGCCAAGGGAAAGAAAGAUGCAGAGAAGAAUAAAAAGGACCAGUUCUACACCAUCUACAGGCCCAACACAGGACUACAGUUGAGACAAGAAACAUUAGGUGAGCUGGAGAAGAAAUACAAGAAGGUAUCGACUGAUGAAGCGGAGUCGCAUUGGACCCAACAGUACGAUUCCUCUGUCACUACUUGUUCCCAUGCUUACUGGCGCGGCAACUGUAAGAAUGUUACGAUGGGUAUGGACUGUGAAGUAGGCCUGCGUCGGCGAACGUACAAUGUGUUGGCAGGCUCAGUAUUAAGUGUUUGGGCAAGAGUGGAGAAUGUAUUAGCGGCAAAGACAGGACACAACUCAAAAAUGCAGGUGGUUCGUCUUCGUACUGGAGAAGGCGUGAAGAUAGUUGGUACGUUGAUCCCUAAGAGCUGUGUGGAAGCCCUGAGGGAUGCACUCUCAGCUGAUGCAGAAAAAACAGACGAGCAAACAUUUUGAAGGAAAGGAGAUGUCUAGGUUACACGGACCAAGCUGCUCUAUGGCUGCGGCAUGAAGGCGGGCAGCAACGUAACCUUCUGUAUUGUGUUCCCAUCUUACUUUUAUUAAACAUUGUCUCUGCCUCGUGAA